UUGGCCGGUGUUUUUACGCUUCCACUGAAACUCCAACCGGUCUGUUGUUUUGGGUGAGCGUGAGGGGACAAACCUGAACAUUCAUCUUAAUACUUGGACUGCUGGACUAACGUUAAGUCCAGCCGAAGAUACAAGUGAAUUCAUGUCACGACCAAACACUACCUCCUCAAAAACGGCCAUGUCCCACCACAGACAGUCGGGCUCUUCCAGGGGGAAAGGACUGAAAGAUAUCCGCAUCGAUGAAGAAGUUAAAAUUGCGGUGCAUAUUUCUCUGGAGCGAUUUCAGUACGGGGACCAAAAAGAAAUGGAGUUUCCUUCCUCCUUGACCAGCACUGAGAGGGCAUUCAUACAUCGCUUCGCCCAGUCACUGGGAUAUAUUUCAAAAAGCCGUGGGAAGGGGUCAAACAGGUUCCUUACAAUAAGGAAGAAGGACGGCUCUGAAUCCGCUCAGUCCAUCAUGACCUUCAGUCUCAGUCCCUGCUCCAAACAGGUGGUCCGGAACCUUCUCCAGAGGUUUCCCAUGACAAACAAAGAGAUCACAGACCUGCUGCCGCGUACUGAACGAGGGCUGUCUGUUGCUUUGGAAGCUGGUGAUAAUGGUCGGGACAAGAACAGGACGAGCGGGCGGUUAAACAACGGCAUCCCUCAGGUGCCCCCCAGGAGAGGGCAGUCAGAGUUGGACCACUUUCGUCGCUCCUUGCCCGUGUACGAGCGGCAGGAGGAGAUCGUGAAGAUCAUCAAGGAUAACCGCGUAAUUCUGGUUUUGGGCGAGACCGGCUCUGGCAAGACUACUCAGAUUCCCCAGUUCCUACUGGACGACUGCAACCGUAACGGGAUCCCCUGCCGCAUCUUCUGCACUCAGCCUCGGCGCUUGGCGGCCAUCGCUGUGGCAGAGAGGGUCGCCGCAGAACGCGGAGAGAGUAUCGGCCAGACCAUCGGCUACCAGAUUCGCCUGGAGAGCAGAGUUUCUCCCAAGACUCUACUGACGUUCUGCACCAGUGGGGUCCUGUUACGAACUCUGAUGGCAGGGGAUGCUACCCUCUCAACAGUCACACAUGUCAUAGUGGACGAGGUCCAUGAGCGAGACGGCCUGAGCGACUUCCUCCUGACGAAACUGAGGGACCUGCUGCAGAAGAUGCCCACGCUGAAGCUCAUCCUCUCCAGCGCCGCUCUGGAUAUCGACCUCUUCGUGCGCUACUUCGGCACCUGUCCCGUCAUUCACAUUAAAGGAAGGCCAUUUGAGGUCAAACAGCUUUUCCUGGAGGAUGUUUUACGGACCACUGGCUAUGCAAACAAAGACAUGCUGAAGUACAAAAAGGAAAUGCAGAGAGUGGAGAAACAGCAGACGUCGCUGACGGAGUGGUGUAACGUACGCGAGGGCGUUCCCAGACAGGAGACCCAGAGAGACAAGAUGGCCGCCCGCAUCUUCCAGGAGAACGACCUGUUGGACGACGGAGGGGACGGCGUCUUCAGUCAGCUGAAUGAGAAAGACGUGGCAUCACUGGACCCCUGGUUACUGAAGGAAAUGGACGCCUGCAUCUCAGACAUCUUCCUUAAUGAAGACAAUGACGCCUUCGUCCAACUCUUCAACCUCAUCCUGAGUGAGAACGUCAGUGUGGACUACAGGCACAGCGACACGAGCGCCACCCCUCUGAUGGUGGCGUCGGCGCGGGGCUUCAUCAGCCAGGCGGAGCAGCUGCUCAGCAUGGGGGCCAGCAUCUCCCUCAAGGCCUCCAACGGAUGGACUGCACUUGACUGGGCGAAGCAUUUCAACCAGGCUGAAGUGGUGGAUCUCCUGGAGGCCUUCAUCUCCUCCCAGGAGGCGGGGGGUAAGCUGGACGAGUCGUCGCUGGUCCCGUCGUCCAGUGCGGAGCUGAACGCAGAGGACCAGGAGCUGCUGAAGGUGUACCACCACAGCUUCGACGACGAGAAGGUGGACCUGGACCUCGUCAUGCACCUUCUCUUCAACAUCUGUCAGAGCUCAGAUGAAGGUGCGGUGUUGAUCUUCUUGCCAGGAUAUGAUGAGAUCGUCAGCCUCAGGGACCGCAUCCUCUACGAUGAUAAGAGAUUUGCUGACCAGCCUCAAAGGUAUCAAGUGUUCACUCUACACUCCAACAUGCAGACCUCCGACCAGAAGAAGGUGCUAAAGAACACACCUGUUGGUGUUCGGAAAAUUAUCCUGUCAACAAACAUCGCUGAGACCAGCAUCACAGUCAACGAUGUAGUGUUUGUUAUUGAUUCUGGAAAAGUAAAAGAGAAGUCCUUUGAUGCCCUGAACCAUGUGACCAUGCUGAAGAUGGUGUGGAUCUCUAAGGCCAGUGCCACGCAGAGGAAGGGAAGAGCGGGGCGCUGCAGACCCGGUAUCUGCUUCCACCUGUUCAGUCGCCUGCGCUUCGACAACAUGCUGGAACACCAGGUGCCGCAGCUACUGAGAAUGCCUCUACAGGAGCUGUGCCUGCACACUAAGCUGUUGGCCCCCAUCACUUGUCCCAUAGCGGAGUUCCUCUCCAGAGCCCCCGAGCCCCCACACAGCCUCAGCGUCAAAAACGCAGUGCAGAUGCUGAAGACGAUCGACGCCAUGGACCCAUGGGAGGACCUGACGGAGCUGGGCUACCACCUGGCCGACCUGCCCGUGGAGCCGCACCUGGGCAAGAUGGUGCUGUGCGCGGUGGUGCUCAAGUGCCUGGACCCCAUCCUGACCAUCGCCUGCACGCUGGCCCACCGCGACCCCUUCGUGCUGCCCAGCCAGGCCUCGCAGAAGAGGGCCGCCAUGCUCUGCCGCAAGCGCUUCACCGCCGGCACCUUCAGCGACCACAUGGCCCUGCUCAGGGCUUUUCAGGCGUGGCAGAAGGCUCGUAGUGAUGGCUGGGAGCGCUCCUUCUGUGAGAAGAACUACCUGUCUCAGGCCACCAUGGAGAUCAUCAUUGGCAUGAGGACCCAGCUACUGGGACAGCUCAGGGCCAUCGGUUUUGUGCGUGCGCGUGGUGGCGGGGACAUCCGUGACGUGAACCUGAACUCGGAGAACUGGGCGGUGGUGAAGGCGGCGCUGGUGGCAGGCAUGUACCCCAACCUGCUACACGUGGACCGCGAGAGCGCCGCCCUGGUGGGCGCCAAGGAGAAGAGGGUCCGCUUCCACCCCAACUCCAUCCUCAGCCAGCCGCAGUUCAAGAAGAUGCCUCCAGCCAAUGGGCAGUUGGCAGCGGUGCAAGCUCUGCCCACUGAUUGGCUGAUUUAUGACGAGAUGACGCGCGCCCACCGGAUCGCCAGCGUGCGCUGCUGCUCGAUCGUCUCCCCGCUGGCAGUGGGCAUCUUUGGGGGCUGCGCCAAGCUGCCCAGCACUGCCCUGCAGGAGCCCACAGUGCAGAGAGAUGACGUGAAUGAGAGCAGUGACAGUGAGAUGGAGGACCGCUCCACCGCUCACCUGGCUCAGAUGAAGAUCGACGACUGGCUCAACUUCAAACUGGACCGGGAGACGGCCAACCUGGCGUUCCAGCUCCGGCAGAAGUGGCACGGCCUGUUCCUGCGGCGCAUCCGCGCGCCCUCCAAGCCCUGGUCGCAGCUGGACGAGUCCACCCUGCGGGCGCUGGUGUCGGCGAUGGCGGCCGAGGAGCAGGCGGCCGGCCUGCAGCAGCCCACGGGCAUCGGGCAGCGCCCGCGCCCCAUGGCCUCCGACGAGCCGCCCCAGCCCUCGUCCUGGAGGACCGCGCAGAGCCGCAGGGGUCCGGGGGGCGACCACGAGCCUGCCGACGAGCCCAGCGCCUCCGUGGACAGACCUCCAAGGUCCUGCCCGUCUCCGGCCGUACUCCCACAGAAGGGCCAACGGGAGAAGGGAGCGGCGCACUCCAAGCGCCCAGAGGAUCACGCACCCAAGGCGGGAGGCGAGAGUCCCGGCACCAGCCCAACAUCCACAUCCUCAGGAAAGUGCUCCAAGUCCUCCAGCCCGCGGACCGUGUCGUCGGUGCGCUACUUCAUCAUGAAGAGCAGCAACCUGCGCAACAUCGAACUCUCCCAGCAGAGGGGCAUCUGGUCCACCACGCCCAGCAACGAGCUCAAGCUCAACCGCGCCUUCCAGGAGAGCAGCCUCGUCUUCCUCGUCUUCUCUGUCCAGGGCUCCGGGCAUUUCCAGGGCUAUGCUAGGAUGGUAUCGGAGAUUGGUCAGGAGCGGUGUCAGGACUGGGGCUCAUCGGGGCUGGGGGGCGUGUUCAGUGUGGAGUGGAUCCGCAAAGACAGCCUGCCCUUCCAGUGCACGUACCAGCUCCUCAACCCCUGGAACGACAACAAGAAGGUGCAGAUCAGCCGUGAUGGACAGGAGUUGGAGCCUCAAGCUGGAGCUCAGCUGUUGCAGCUGUGGGAACGUCUCUAAGGUCAGGUGGAAACCACGGCAACCAAGCAGAUGAAAAAUACUAGUAGAACCGAAAUCGAAAGGCCUGAAGGUGCAAGCCCUUCGUGAAUGGACCCCUUUUCUCUCGUUUUGUGUGUGUGUGAGGCACGUGACAUCGCCAGAGCUUUAUGUGAAGUCAUGAAAUGGACUGCUCCAGUGCCGUUUUGGUUCCUGAAGCACGAUAGUGACGUUCCGAGUCACCAUCGUGAGCCACGGCAUCAAUGGAUAAGUCUUCUGGGUGCACAUACUUGAAUUAUUGUUCAGAACUGUGGUUCCUGUUUGAAGGUUCUCACAUAAGUGUUCCAAUUUAAGUUUCCAAUGCCUUACUUUGGCCUAGUUGUACUUUGUUGUCGGUCUUGGGUCAAGAGUUGGCUGAUUAAGUUAUACAGAAAUCAAAAGCAGUAAGACCUGAUAGACGGACAGUGAUAAAGCAAGACGUAAUUUCGGAGGAGGCCUUUGAGCCAGAGAUGUCCUUGAUUCACUUCUUUGCUGUUGAAGCCUUUCAGGAAAACGCUAUGAACUGGAAAGCAAAUAUUUGUGCUAAAGAUUGAGAUGGAGAUUGUUGUAAUGAAUUGCCCUUGUAAUCAGUCUCGAUGGUCUCUGUUUAUAAUGCAUAGAUGAUGAAUUAGAGAAUAAUGCAGGUUUGUACACAGGGUCG